AUGGCUGCGGCCAUCGCCAGCGGUUUGAUCCGGCAGAAGCGCCAAGCGCGCGACUUGCAGCACUGGGACCGACCCUCGGCCAACAGGAGGCGCAACAGCCCCAGCAAGAACCGCGGGCUUUGCAAUGGCAACCUGGUGGAUAUCUUCUCCAAGGUCCGCAUCUUUGGGCUCAAGAAGAGGAGGUUGCGGCGCCAAGAUCCCCAGCUCAAGGGCAUAGUGACCAGGUUAUAUUGCAGGCAAGGCUACUACUUGCAAAUGCACCCAGAUGGAAGUCUCGAUGGAACCAAGGAUGACAGCACUAAUUCUACAUUGUUCAACCUCAUACCAGUGGGACUUCGAGUUGUUGCUAUCCAGGGUGUAAAAACAGGCUUGUAUAUAGCCCUAAAUGGAGAAGGAUUCCUUUAUACAUCAGAACUUUUUACACCAGAAUGUAAGUUUAAGGAGUCUGUUUUUGAAAAUUAUUAUGUAAUCUACUCAUCGAUGCUCUACAGACAGCAAGAGUCGGGUAGGGCCUGGUUCUUGGGGCUCAAUAAAGAAGGGCAAGUCAUGAAAGGCAAUAGAGUGAAGAAAACAAAACCAGCAGCUCAUUUUCUACCGAAGCCAUUGGAAGUUGCCAUGUACCGAGAACCCUCUCUACAUGAUGUUGGAGAAACAGUGCCAAAGGCUGGGGUGACGCCAAGUAAAAGCACAAGUGCAUCGGCAAUAAUGAAUGGAGGCAAACCAGUGAACAAGAGUAAGACCACAUAGCCAGAGCCUCGUGGGUGUGGUGACUUACUGAACUCUCUAUGUACAGCUGAGCACUUUAUCCUUGCAAGACUCUCCCACUCCGGUGUCUGUGGAUUAGCUGGAAGCAAGCGACGGCUUGCUCUGUGCUCGUUCCAAAUCUGUAACUCCUCCCACAGCAAAGACAUUUGGAUGACCAGCUGAACUCCGACCAUAGAAUGCCCUGCCAGUAUGGAAUGCCUUUUAAUCUCUUUUCUGUGACUGUGACACCUCAUGUGAAUGGCAUACUUCACAAGUACACUUGAUAUCUUGCCUGCUGACAGUUACCCAUAACUCCCCCUUUGGAGCCCAGGAAACCCCCGUGUUUUAAGUUCAAUUUUGUAGCCCACAGAAUAAUAACAAGUAAUUUCUAGGUAGAUGCUGUAAAACCUGUGCUAUUAUGGAUUUUCUCUUCCUCCCCUUUUUUACGAGGCUGCUUGCUCCGCUGUCUGUGUGACUCCUUUGCAGGGAUUAUGUUUCUCUCAGAUUUAAGUGUUGCUGGUGGCUUAGUUCUGGAAAGUCAUCAGGGAAUUAGGGGAGCCUUCAAAACCCCAUUAGGGAUCAUACCUGUAAAAGAUGGGAUUACUGCAGGUAAGGAGUCAGCCUGAAUACACUCCAGUAUGUUCCUGAGGAGGGAAAAGCAUCGUGCGUGGCUAGUCAACAACCUUUCAAGGCCAAUGUUUGAUACCCCCUGUGUGUGUGUGUGUGUUUUAUACAUAUCACAGACUUACUGGUAAUGGUAACAUUUGCCUUGCCCAGCGAGCAAGACCCACAUAUUUUUAAGAAAGUGGGUCCAAAGAACUCUGUAGGCCUUGUAGGCCUGAAUUAAGGCUCAUUUUUCAUCUACUAGUACUCAUUAUCUGAAAUUUAAAAAAAAAAUUAGAAUGAAUGGGAACUGUGCUACCUAAGCCUCUUUCAAAACAAUAGAUUCCUUCUCCUGUUUUUAAAGAAAUGGAACGUAAUCCCAUCUUUAUUUAUGGCUGUAGUUCACUCUUUUAUUCAGCAAAGCAUGGGCAAAGAAGUUGUGUUUUUCUCUGCAGCAACAAUGCAAAAGGUAGUUACAGAACAUACUUCAACAUUUUCAGUGUUCAAAAGAGAGGGAAGAUUUUAAACAUAUUUCAAGGGUUCCUUUCUGUUUAUUUGACAGCUUAGCAUGCAAAGUCCAGGCAAUGUAUUAUUUUAUCUGUACCACAGCACUAUGUUUCCAGUCCAGCUUCUUAGGAUAUUAUGGCCACUAAAUUGCUAGGUUUUCAGUGCCUUGCAUUUAUCUAACUAUUUUGGUUUUCACUGUAUUCCACAAACCUAAGAAAAUUCCGACAAAAUAGCAAGGUCAAGAACUUUUCUCCUUUGAUUACUAAAUGAAAUAAAUACCACUAAUAUUUCUUGGAUAGAGAACACUGAGGCCAAAAUGAAAGAAUAGUAACAGGGAAGAAAAGGCUAUUAAACAAAUGGAUAAAUUUUUUGAAAGUACAUACUAGAAAGCUAGAUUAAAAACAGAAAGCAUGAUAUGGACCAAAAUGUAUCUUAGUUCUGGAAAAUCAUGUAUGAGACCUCUAAGCGUUCAUAUUCCAUUUCAUUUUUGAGACUUUUUUUCAAAGUGGCUUUAAAUAUUGGUUUACUUUAAUAUUUGUUAUGGAAUGUUCAAAUUUCUUAUUUGGGUUGAUGAUAAUAGAUUACACUUUGAAUUAACUCUUGAAUCUUGAUUCAUAUCAGCUCUAUUUGAAUUAGUAAGCCCUUAAGAUAUGUGUGAGAAGAUUACAAAUUGCUACUAGGUUAUAAAUAUACAAAAUGAGUAUUUGAUCAUUCAAUUUCUGGAUUUCUCCAUGCAUGGUAAGAGGCUGUUUUAAGUCAGUUUCUUUCAGCCACAUGAGUUGAAGCACAUUAAACUGUAUUCAGUUUCCAGAAUUUAGUAAAAUUUUUAAAAACAACAGCCACAAAAAAGAUUUAUUGAGGUACUCGGUGCACAAAAAUGAACAGUAAACAUCCUUUUGCUCCUUGGCUUCUAGAGAAGGAAUACCUCAGAGGUUCCUCUUGGGAAGAAGGCCAUUUUGAUUUUGUCACCACACAGGGGAGAAAGGAGUGAUGUUGGUUCAGCACAAGUAGAUCAGCAGGUGGCCUGGGUGAUUCAUGGAGGCAUUCCAUUUGCAGAUGCAUUUGGUGUCUGCCCAGGUCUGCCAACCCACCGUGUUUGAUUCUGAAUUGUGAAAUGUUUUGUGUUUUUUUUCUAGAGCCCCCGCUAUUAGAGACUGCUUACUUUGAUUUUCAGUAUAUUUUCUGUACUGUGCAACUGAAAGCUCUGAAACAAGAAUGCAAAAUAAAAAGAUGUUAAAUGUAUUCUUUUCCCUUCAUUUUAAUGAUGUUGUAUGAAGCUGGAGAGGGACAGGUUGGGGCUUGUGGAUGACCUCAGGACUUGGAACCAAGCGUAAGGCACCAAGCGUAAGGUGAGGUAACAUAUUAUCACUUUGUCAACUCAUUUUAUAAUGCCAGCAAGAAUUGGGUUUUUUUAUAUACCUGCUGUAUGUUGCUCCAGACUUGCAUUCAUUGCAACAUAACUCUUUGAGGGCAUUCUGCUAGGGCAAUUCUUUCUCUUUCCAUGUACAAAGAA